AUGGAGCAGCCGGAAAUGUCCCAGCCUGCUACCCACCGUCAAGAUGAUAGUCACCUCGUGACAGCUUAUUUUCCGAACCCAACACCCACUGUGCCUGCUGCUGCAGCACAUCCUCCCCCACACAUUCUGCCGUCGCACUCGUCGCCAUCACCUCACCACUAUCAUUCAGAGGUUGACUCCUCUCCGUCGGAAUUCCACUAUCUUGACGACUCCCAUCACAUCUCACACCCUGAACAUCAGCAGCCACAACGGCAUUCUCGACGACAGCAUAGCCUAUCACAUCAAACCCCACAGACUGGGGAACAUCUAUAUCCGGAUUUGGGGCAGGCUUCGGUGCCUCCAGAGGCGUCGGCUGCCUCGCCUUAUCACGAGAACGGCUCCGUAUUAUCUCGGGCUUCAGGUGCAAGCGAAGUCGGGCGCAAAGAAGGGCGCGUUCGUGGGAGUUGGACCGAUCAUUCGUCAUAUAUGUCGGGAGACAAUCACCCCAAUGGCGCAUCUCGCGUACAUAAACGAGCGAUUCAUGACGAUGACAUAGCCCCGGAGGAAGAGCCGGAUGCGCUGUUAAUGCUGUUUCGACUCUCCAUCCCCGUUCCCGUAUUCUCCUUCUGCGCAUCGUUGUAUACCAUCUUCGGCGUGCUCUUCGUCCUCCUUGUCUCACCGCUUCGCAUCUGUUCCUGCAUACCCUACUUUCGGGCGACGUCCUUCCGGGCACAACUGUGCGGUCUGCUGGUACCCCAGUUGCAUAUUCAUGAACGACUGGUCUGCUUGCGACAAUCUUCUUCAAGAUCAUUAUCCACCCAGCCGAUAUAUGACCCGGAGGGAUCCUAUGUGGCAGAAUCCAUCGACUCGUAUUCAAUCGGAGGCCUGCUCACCGUCCUCCUUCUAUCGCCGUUCCUAUCCAUCGCCAUAACUCUCCUGGCCUGGAUUGCAGCAUUUUUCUGGAUCUUCGCCAUGGUUCUAGGCAAUCCAGAUGGCACAGAGCGCAAAGACGAUGGCCGGGCAGCCGUUCUCGGUGUUUGCCGAUGGUGGCAGAUUUGGCUUGGCAAAGCCCGUAAGCCACUCGCUUAG